UUUAUUAUGGCACGUCUUUUAAUAUUUUUAACGGCUGCAGCUAUUUUUGGAGCUUGUGUUGCAGUUCACGAAGACUGUGAAGUUCCACCGCCCACUAAAUUUGCCCGAAUCAAAAUUCAAAGUGAAGAAGAUGUUAUUCGUGCCUUUUACACCUGUGAAGAUGGCUACGCCCUGCAAGGUCCCAAAGAAUUGGUGUGCGACAUUGAUUCGGAUGAGUGGAACAGUGAUCCGCCGCAAUGUAUCCAAUUGACGGAUGAUGAUGAGGCAACUACACAGCAGAGACAACAACAGAAACAGGCAAUUCUAGAAGAUCGUAUGGUGUCGCCAGCAUUAGCAUCGACCCUAGAUAUGAGUUGUGUUCAGGCCAAGGUUAAGGCUCCCGAAAUUCGUCAUGGUAUUGUACAGAAAUACGAACGUCGGCGCAAGGGAGAUCGUAUCUUUUUGGCCGCCCUAUAUGCCUGUAAUGAUAAUUUCGAGUUCGAAGAUCCCGACAUGACCACUCUGUACUGUAGUAACCAGGCAUGGGUGGGUGAUUUGCCCACAUGUAUUCCAUUGUCGGAAUAUGAUGAAGAAGAAGGACUCUAUGAAUAUGAAGAAGGCGAUGAGGAAGAUGAAGAAGAUGUCAAUGAAGAGGAAGAAGAGGAACAACGCCAUCAUAAUUAUGUUCCCCCACCACCACCACCAGCUGUAACUACACCAGAACCUGUACCAACUCAUGUGGAAAAUGUUGAAGAUGUCAACAAUGAAAUAUAUCAUGGACACGAGGAAGAUCAACAUCAUCAUAAAGUGGAAGAAGAACAAGAAGAAUCGAAUGCUGGUGCUGCCGAAACCACACAAGAUCCUUAUGAGCCCAGAGUUUUAGAUGAAAAUUGUGGCAGCGAUAAUGGUGGUUGUGAUCAAAAAUGUCAACGUGUCUUGUUCCCUGGAGAGAAUGAACCGAGGAUUCAAUGUGCCUGUGCCGAAGGUUUCAGUUUGGAUCCCUAUGAUUAUUCCACUUGUCACGAUAUUAAUGAAUGUGAACUCAAUAAUGGCGGAUGUGAACAAAUUUGUGAAAAUUUACCGGGAUCAUUUAAAUGCUCGUGUAAACGAGGCCUUCAAAUAGAUACACUUACCGGCAAUACAUGUAUUGAUAUCAACGAGUGUGAAUUGCCCGAAGUGGUGCAAGAAUGUCCACAUGGUUGUGAAAAUACUGAAGGCUCUUACCGUUGUAUAACUCCAGAAAUUCAGCAUCAUGUCGAAAAAGAAGAAGCCGAAGCACCAAUUGACAAUACCGAUGAUGUUGAGGAUCCACCACAACCUGAAAUUCCCAAUGAAACACCAAUGGUACAACAAUGUGAACCUGGCUUUAGACUACAAGAUGCCCAAUGCGUAGAUAUUGAUGAAUGUGCCGAAGGUAUCAGUGGUUGUCAGAUGUGUGUCAACACCGAGGGUAGCUAUGAGUGUACCUGUCCUCCGGGUUAUGAUUUGGCCGAAGAUGAAAAAACUUGUAUCGACAUAGAUGAAUGUGCCAUAGUUUCCGAACAAGAUGAAUAUGCCGCCGCAUAUAAGGUAUGUUCGCAUGGAUGCCGUAACACUGAAGGAUCCUUCGAGUGUUUCUGUCCACCCAUGUAUCAUUUGAUCGAAGAUGGACGUACUUGUGUUGUCGAUUCCUGUGCUGAUUUAGAAAAUCCCGCCCUCAAUAAAACACGUUGUUCGUAUGAGUGCACCGACAUGGCUACUGGUAGUUUCCAAUGUCACUGCCCUGAGGGUUAUGCUUUGGUCGACACCUAUAACUGUGUACAAACUCAAACUGUGUGUGAACGUAAUGGCGACGUGUGCUCUCCCGGUUCUUGCCAGGAAGCAGAAAAUGAGUUCGGUUUUCAGUGUAUUUGCCCAGUCGGAUAUCGGGAAGAAAACAACCGCUGUGUAGAUAUCAACGAAUGUGAGGAGGGAACCCAUGAGUGCUCUCACCAUUGUGUAAAUACUGAGGGUAAUUAUCUCUGUCAAUGUCCCCAAGGAUUUGUCCUGCCUUAUGUAACAGCCCACAACUGCGAAGAUGUUAACGAAUGUGACGUACAGCCAGGAAUAUGUGGAGCAACUCUGAAAUGCGAAAAUGUCCCUGGUUCGUUUACAUGCCUUUGCGAGGAUGGUUCAGCUCCAAAUGCUGAGGGUAUUUGUGUUAGUGAAAAUGUAAAUCCCUGUGCUGAGAGUCGUUGCUCGCAUGAAUGCAUCCCCGAAGGUGAUAGUUAUCGUUGUGAUUGCCCUGUUGGCUGGACUUUGGAUGAGUCACAAUUGACUUGCGUCCAGUCGGAGGUUUGCGAUGCCAAUCGUAAUGGCUGUGAUCACCUAUGCAAUACAGAUGGUACCUGCUCCUGCUUGGAAGGGUACACCUUGGAUAUCAAUGGUAAAACUUGCCUGGACAUUGAUGAGUGCCAAGUGAAUAAUGGUGGUUGCCAUCAAUUGUGCAUCAAUGUUGAAGGUUCGUAUGCCUGUUCGUGUGAGGCCGGCUUCCAAUUGGCCGACGAUGAGAGGACCUGCUUGGAUAUUGAUGAGUGUGCCUUGGACAAACAUGAUUGUUCACACGAUUGUCUUAAUGUGGAUGGAGGCUAUAAGUGCUCCUGUCCCCAGGGCUAUUAUUUGGGUGAGCAUCAGUCGGUUUGUGUCGAUUUGAACGAAUGCAUUGCCGAAGAUCAUGGCUGCAGUCACGACUGCUACAACACCAUGGGAUCCUAUUUGUGUGCCUGUCCAGAUGGCUUUACUUUGUCCAGCGACGAGAAGACUUGUAUUAAUUCUAUGUGUCUUGAGAACAAUGGUGGCUGUUCACACAACUGUGAUCCCGAUCAAGGUUGCUCUUGUCCAUCGGGUAUGAUUUUGGGUUUGGAUGGCAGGACCUGUGAAGAUGUCGAUGAGUGUACGGCCGAUAAUGGUGGCUGUGCCUUCAAAUGUGUGAACUUGCCGGGUUCGUAUGAAUGCGUGUGCCCAGAUGGUUCCAAGCCAGCCAAUCCCUUCGAUGCCUGUCCCAAUACAUGCCCAGCCGGUUUUACAUUUAGCCGCGAUGACCCCAGCCAGUGCGAAGAUAUCGAUGAAUGUUCUCUACCGGGUGUAUGCCAAUAUCAAUGCCGCAAUACAAAUGGUUCGUAUGAGUGUUUGUGCCCCAAGGGUUAUCGUUUAGAAAAUGGUCGCGAUUGCCAGGAUAUAGAUGAAUGUGCCGUCGAUAAUGGUGGUUGUGUGGGUGGGGAAUGUAUUAAUCACAAAGGUGGUUACGAAUGUCGCUGUCCCUUGGGCCAACGUUUGGCUGCGGAUCGCAAGACCUGCGAAGUGAUACAGGAAUUACGCGAUCAAUGCCAUCCCUUGGCAGCACCACCAAAUGGUGCCAUACAUUGCACCAAAUAUCGACACAAGAAGAAACGUUUCUAUCAAACACGUUGCAAGGUCUGGUGUAAUCCCGGCUAUGUUUUGCAAGGCCCCACACAUCGUUACUGCAAUGCCAGCGGCCAAUGGGACAAUCAUGAUAAUUUGUGUCUGCCUAAGACAUGUCCACCCCUUGCCACACCUCUAAGCGGUGUCAUUACACCAUUAUCCUGUCUACUGGGCCAAAGCGGUGUGGGUGAGCAAUGCCAUCUGAAAUGUAAUGCUGGCCAUGUGCCAGUUGGAGCAUCAGUAGCUGUCUGCACAUCUCAGCUGCAAUGGUCGUAUAAUGGCACAUUUGACUGUUUGCCAAUGCAAACUGAGCCACUGCACAGCACACAAUCAACCUUCAAUGGACGUCCUUUGCCUGAUUUUGGUUUUAAGGUGACACAUUAUGGUGGUAGUGGUGGCGUUGGUGGUGUACAACGACCUUAUAUUAAAUGUCCCCGAAAUACUACUGUGUACUUGGGCCCCUCAGAGCGUACAACUCAUGUCAUUCUACAGAAGCCGAUCACCAAUUUAGAUUAUCGUUAUAUCGAAUCAUCACCAGCAUGGACAAGAGAUUUACAGGUCCAUUUGGGUCCUGGUACCUAUGUAGUAAUAUUCCGUGGUCACGACCCUAUCACCGGAAAGAAGGCACGCUGUAAGACAGUUAUCCAUGUUAAACAUGCCGAAGGACCUGUGGUAGAAUAUUGUACACCAUCAUUUGAAGUUUCCUUGGGCGAGAAUCAAAUAUUCCGUUCUGUUGUAUGGGAGGAACCGAGAUUUAGUAACAAAUAUGGACCCAUUAAGAAGUUGUAUAAAUCUAGGCUUCCCGGUGAACUGUUUAAUGUGGGUGUUCAUAGCGUCUACUAUGAGGCAACAAAUGAAGAUGGACUCACUGCCAGGUGUGAAUUUAAGAUACGCGUUAACGCUGCUGGUGUUUCAUCACAAAAUCAUUUAACUUCCAAUUCCAUUGAAUAUGGCGGUCAUAUAUCCAAAACUCCCAAGUUACCCACUUUCCAGACCAUUUCACGC